AUGUGUGGGCUAGCUUUCAUCGUCUUCUACAUCUGCUUCGAUCAGAUGCAGAAUAAUCUGAUCUCUCAAUCCGCUCAGAUGGAGACCGGAAGCACCCCGAACGACAUGCUUCCUGCCAUGAAUCAAGUGGGUUGUAUCCUGUUCACGCCCCUUAUUCACCACGUUAUCUAUCCGCUUCUUCACAAGCGUCACAUCUACCUUAAGCCAAUCACACGCAUUACCAUCGGAUUUGGUUUUGUGGUAGCCUCUAUGGCAUACGCUGCGAUCGUGCAGAGCGCCAUAUACUCGACGGGCCCUUGCUACGAUCAUCCACGUACGUGCAGUUCUGUUGCGAACCGCGAGCCAAACCACGUCAAUAUAUGGCUCCAGGCGCCGGUCUUCUUCCUCAUUGCCAUGGGCGAGGUGUGGGCAUAUGUAACAGCGCUCGAGAUCGCAUACAGCCAUGCUCCGAAGAAUAUGAAGUCCAUGAUCCAGGCCAUCUUUCCACUCAUGGCGGGGAUCGGAUCGGCGUCUGCUAUGGGACUUACACCGAUCACGCAUGAUCCGAACCUUGUCAUCUUCUAUGCCUCCCUCGCUGGUGCCAUGGCUAUUACUACGGUUGUUUUCUGGCUUGUGUUUCGGAAGCACGACGAGAACGACGCUGAAGACAACACUGACAAGUAUACGGAAGGCGCGCAGACACCAUACAUGGAAAAUAGCCCUCGCGAUAGCGUCAAUGAGGGUAUCGAUGUUGGGUCAGGCGUCGGAGACAUAGAGCUUGGUCUAAUCCCCGCAUUGCGCCCCAGUAGUGCCUUCUCCUUGAAGCGCUCCGAUCUCACGAGCUCAACGCUUGCAGACGAGAGACUGGAGAAUAUCUUCGAGGUUCAUGGCGUCCCUGGCGAAACGGAUCAGUUCGCAACUUCUCCCAACGCCACACAGCACGAAGUAGUCAAGCAAACUAUCAUUGCGGUACCGAAGGCAGCUCAUCCGGUACAGCUUCUCCCGCCACCGCCACGGAGCCCGGCGAAGAAGAUGCGCGGACUACAGAAGCGACUGCCACCAUUGCCAAUGAUGCCCGCCGAGCCACUGCCAGCACAAUUUCUUUAG